CCUUCAGCGGCUCACACGGGAUGGAGGGAGUGGCGUCGCCGGCCAUGGUGGCAGGGGCCUCCCUCCCCGACGAGGUCCACAUCGGCGACCUCCCUUCCUCCCCCUUCAGCGGCUCACAUGGGAUGGAGGGAGUCGCGCCGCCGGCCAUGGCGGCAGGGGCGGCCCAGAGGACCUCAAACCUACUGGUUCCUCUCCCUGAUGGGCAAGUGUUCAAUUCCUCAAAUACCUGAUGUGUAGCAUUUGAUCCAUUAGAAGUAAUUUUGUUGUUGUGCUCCUGUUACUCAUUGGAGUUUGAUCUAUUGUACACAUGCCCUGGUUUGUCUAUUGUACACAUGCCCUGGUUCAUUAGUGCAUAGUUAGACCAAUUAGGGAUUCGUGAGUGAAGCAACUAGUUUAAUAAUUCCUAUGAGAUGCAAGAAGAUAGUUCAUUUGUUUUUUAUGGAAGUUGCUAGUAGGGGAUAUUGCAAGUAGAGUUCCUCUAAAAUAUAUUGCAAGAUGCUAGUCUGGUCAUGGCAUUGGUACAUAUAUGUCAUACAUACAUGCUGAUUGCUUAGUGUAGCACUAGAUAAUGGAACAAUGCGGAAAAAAGAUUAUUUUGAUCAGUUUUUUCCAUGUCAUAUAUGUUGAUGGCUUAGCUAGCUAGCCUAAUUCCACACUUUUUUGAUGUCCAAUUUGUGUCAAUGUAGGUCAGAGCUGCCACCUUAUAAGCUGAUUGUGACAUAGGGGGCACGUUCUUACAAGAAUUACAAGGGCGACCAGUGCAUGGUGUCUUCUUGGAUCUGGGACAUACGUGUAGAGAGGCAGACCAGUUAUGAUCAACUUAUGGGGCUGAUGCAGAGUAAAUAUCCAUGGGGACAUGAUGAGGGUGUUGUGUUUUCAAAGUGGAAUAGUAGCAACCAAUAUUUUGUGCUAGUUCGCAAUGAUGAAGAUGUGGUCAGCAUGUAUGAUGAGAAUGAGGAAGACAAGAUUAUUAAGAUACUUGUUCAGUUCUGCAAGAAUGGUGAGGAGGAGAAGUUUGCUCAGAGUUUGCUUCAACCAAUCCGACCUUCUCCAGGAAAGGAAGUGCCCAAGCUCAUAGUGGAAGAUUUAACUCAGAAAUCUGAAUAUGAGUAUGAGAUACCCGAGGAGAACUUGACAAGGCAAGAAAAAUCUAAAGAGGGCUAUGAAGGAGAGGAUCACGUUGGAAUAGAUGAGGAGGACCAGUACCUUGAUGGCGACGAGCAGGAAAAUGGAGGUGAGCAAGCCAAAGAUGGUGACCAUAAGGCAACCGAAGAUGUUUCCCAAGAUGUCGAGGAGGAUAGUGUUGAGCAUGAAGAGGAUAGUGAUGAUCAUGACGAGGAUAGUGAUGGAGGGGCUGUUAGUGAUGAGGAUAGUGAUGGGGGCAUAGUGUACAAUAUUCCAGAAAUUAGUUAUGACAAGGAUGAUCCACCUAUGACAAAAGGGGCAUUAUUUCCCUCUAUUGAAGAGUUCAGAGUUGCACUUGCUACACAUGCUAUUUUCAACGAGUUCAGUUACAAAAUUGAUAAAAGUGAUCAAAAGAGGGUGAGAGUUUCUUGUUCUUAUGAACCACCGGAAGGGAGAAACCCAUGCAAGUGGAGGGUGAAUGGUUCUACCUUAUAUGAUGACAAAACAGUAAUGGUGAAGAAUGAACCCAAGAUGCACACAUGCCCCAGCACGCAAAGAUAUGGCAAAGUAAAGGUUGCUAAGAGGAAGUGGAUUGCUGCUAGAGUGACUGAUUGGUUGAAGGGUGAUCCAAGUAUGAUUAGCAUUGCUUUGAAGAAACGGUUGCUCGAGAAAUACCAUGUCGAUAUCGAUUAUCAGAGAGUGCUUGCAGGUAGGCGCAUAGCCUUGGACCAGAUAUUUGGCAAGUGGGAGGACAGUUUUGAGUGCUUGCACAACUGGCAGGCUGAGGUGCUUAGGAAGUCCCCAACAAGUAUUGUAGUGAUAAAUCACAAAGAGAUCGAAGGGCAUCAACGCUUCACAAGGGCAUUUGUGUGUUCUAGAGCUUGCAUUGAUGGAUUUCUGUUAGGAUGUAGACCUUACUUGAGUGUUGAUGCCACUGCCUUGAAUGGGAAAUGGAAAGGACAGCUUGCGGUUGCUUGUGGUGUUGAUGGACACAAUUGGUUGUAUCCAGUGGCUUAUGCUGUAUUUGAUUCAGAGACUAAAGAGAACUGGGAUUGGUUCAUGGAGAAUCUCAAAUCAGCUAUUGGCACACCAGAAGGCUUAGUCAUAUGCACAGAUGCAUGCAAAGGGUUGGAAACAGCAGUGCAUACUGUAUUCCCAACUGCUGAACAUAGGGAAUGCUUUAGACACAUGAUAAUGAACUUCAGAAAGAAAUUCCAUGGCAAGGUUUUUGAAGAAAAUCUAUGGCCAGCGGCAUACACAUAUUCUCCUGCCAAGCACAAGCAUCACAUGGACAAAAUUAUGGAAGCCAAUCCGGAAGCUAUCGCAUACCUUGAUGAGUGGCAUUCUAAUUUGUGGAGCAGAAGUAAGUUCUCUACAACAUGCAAAUGUGACUAUGUCAUGAACAACAUAGCUGAGUCAUUCAAUUCGAUGAUUAAGAAAUUGAAGGGGUUUCCUGUUCUUGAAUUAUUGGACUCUUUGAGAGAAUGGCUAAUGGUCAGAUUUGAAAUAAGAGCUAAAAUAGCGAGAAGAUUUGUACGUGGACUUCUAAAAAUUCUGCCAAGGAUCACCAACAUGAUGAACAAUAGAUCAAGGGGGAUAGUGUUAGUUGGGAUCUCUAGAAGUGAUGACUUGAAAGCGGAGGUUACUAUAAAGAUCCAUGGCUAUAAUUGGAAGCACUGUGUAGAUUUGGAGAAGUGGGAAUGUACUUGUAGACGUUGGCAAGUAACUGGACAACCUUGCCUACAUGCCAUUGCAUUCAUCACAAGUAUUAGAGGAGGUCGAGGGAUAGAUGACUAUGUGCAUGAGUACUACUCUGUGAAAUCAUUCAGUAAUGCAUAUGCGAAAAAUGUGCCCACCAUGACCAAUAAGAAGCAAUGGCCAAUGGUCGAUGUUGGGUUCAAAUUGCACCCUCCCGUGUUGAAAAAGGCUACUGGUAGACCUAGGACACAAAGGAUAAAGUCAGCCUUUGAGAGCAUAUCGAAGAGAAGACACAAGUGCAAAGAAUGCAAAGAAUUUGGGCAUAUGCUGAAGACAUGUCCAAUACUUCAUCCUGAACGCAAGCGAAACGGGAAACGAAAAAAUGUUGAGCCUCAAGACAUAGAAGACAUAGAAUCCAAUGCCAUAGAUGCUGAAACUCUCGGCACCAGCAGUUCUAAAAAGCCGAGAAAAGGAGGUGGUAAAAGGGCAAAGCCUAGCCCAGUUUCUGAAGCAUCUAAGAAGACUUCUGCUACACAUGAUAGUCCAGCAAAGAACACAAGAAGCAAAUAGUGUCCUCCAUCGAAGAGCAUAAGAAGCAGAAAGAAGUUGUGAACCUUCCUGUGCAACUACAUGUUAUUGUGGAGCACUAUGCAUAUGGAACCUUGCUGUGUAGUUGUGUAGCUGAUGCAAUUGUAGGUUAUUUUGUGGAGCACCAUGCAUAUCUGAGCCUUGUUGUGUAGAUGCAACUACAUGCUAUUUUGUGGAGCACCAUGCCUUGCUGUGUACUAUGUUCAGCUUGUCAUGUGGUUAGACCUUGCUGUACUUUGCUCAACUUGUGUGGAGCUUGCCUUUUGGGUGGUCAAUAUGCAUGCGAACCUUGCUGUUUAAAUUAGAUGAUGGAUUUGUACUCCUAUGAAGUAAUUUGUUAGUAUUGAUA